GGUUAGCCGGUUUCUAAGCUUAUCCUCUCUCUUCUGUUUGUUGUCUUUGGCUCUUCCCCUCCCCCCUCCAUCUCCUGCUGUUCAUCUAAAUCUCCUUCUUCUCUUGGCUAACGGGAGCAUUCUUAUGAUACCAAGUGGAUCUAACUUCUAAGUUUAGACAAGUGGAAAACUUUCGUCCUCCUCUCACCUUGGCUCUGAGCUGCGGGGGUACAAGUUGGUCACCAGGACUGCUGGCUGUCAUGCUAGCAGCACACCUUCUUCUGCAAUGGCCUCUUCUGUGGUUGUAUUUCACCACGCUGGCUACAGGAAGUUCAUUCCCUGGUUGCUAAGGCAACCAAGGAGGACAGUCCCCCGCAGGAUCGGGGAAAGCCUUGGACGUCCUUUUAGUGCGUCGCUGUGCUGCUCGCCUGCUGACCCGCUGCUGGCUGGAAAGAGGUGGAGCCAAGUUUGCAGCAGAGCUGCGAGCAGCCCAGCAUGGGUCCUGCUUUUCCCCUGCCCCACCAGGAGACAGAGCUCCAGCAUCAGAGCGGAUGCUCCCCUCUGCUGGUCACUUCACAGCUCAGACUUGCUCUGCUCCUGUAGUAGCAGGAACUCGGGUGCUAGGAUGUCAUCUUCCGCCUCCAGCAGCAAUGGACAGGGGAAGGGUAAGCCUAAAUCCCAGACUCCCAAAAGAGGGAGCCUGCAGAGCAACACCAGCCCCGAUCUGUGUGGCGUGUCGGGACCCAAGACCCUGAAGCCCCAGAGAUCCCUCCCUGGGACGCCAGUUUCUCUCUCUCAGUACCCAGUCGACCUGCGAACAUCCAUGGAGGAAAAGUACAAAGAGCUUGCUGAGGAGCUGUUCACACGCAGCAUGGCGGAGAGCGAGAUGCGGAGCGCCCCCUACGAGUUCCCGGAGGACAGCCCCAUCGAGCAGCUGGAGGAGCGGCGGCUCCGCCUGGAGAGGCAAAUCAGUCAGGACAUUAAGCUUGAGCCAGAGAUCUUACUGCGUGCCAAACAGGACUUCAUGAAAAUCGACAGUGCUGCAGACCUUGAAUUAAUGAAGGAGAAAAGUGUAGACACGGGCUUUAAGGAGCGGAGAAUGCCGAUAGAGAAGGAGUACCUGCGGGUCUCGAUAUCUGGAGACGAAAAAUGUGGGGUGCCGUUCACUGACCUGGUUGAUGCUGCCAAGUGUGUGGUUAAAGCAUUGUUAAUCCGGGAGAAGUACAUCUACCGGUCCAUGCAGACAUUUUGUAAGACCGCAGCUCACGCCCUGCAGGACCUCGGGACGAACUCUCUGGAUCUGGAAGUUUAUGAAGACAUAGCAGAGAGCCCUGUGGACGCAGAUGCCCCUGUUCACCCACCCGUCUCAGAAACGCACCCCUAUGACAAUCAGGACCCCAAGAACAUGCCACCAGACACGGGAUAUGGCUGUAAGAUGGUUGAUGGGGUCAUACAUGUCUUCAACAAGAAAACAAACAUGGACAAAAGCACAGAACUCGACCUGCCGUAUCCUGACCUGAAGGAGUACAUCGCAGACAUGAACGUCAUGAUGUCCCUCAUUAUCAACGGUCCAGUGAAAUCUUUUUGCUACCGCCGCCUGCAGUACCUGAGCUCCAAAUUUCAGAUGCACAUCCUGCUGAAUGAGAUGAAGGAGCUGGCAGCGCAGAAGAAGGUUCCUCACAGAGAUUUCUACAACAUCAGAAAGGUGGACACUCACAUACACGCGUCAUCCUGCAUGAACCAGAAGCAUCUUCUGCGAUUCAUCAAGCGAGCCAUGAAGAAAUACCCCGACGAGAUCGUCCACGUCGAGCGGGGACGCGGUCAGACCCUGCGAGACGUUUUUGAGACCAUGAACCUGACAGCGUACGACCUGAGUGUAGACACACUCGACAUGCACGCAGAUCGGAACACAUUUCAUAGGUUUGACAAAUUCAACUCCAAAUACAACCCGAUUGGAGAGUCCAUCCUGAGGGAGAUCUUCAUCAAGACGGACAAUCAUGUGGAAGGAAAAUACUUUGCACACAUAGUUAAGGAGGUGAUGUAUGACUUGGAGGAGAGUAAAUACCAGAACUCCGAGCUGCGGCUGUCCAUCUACGGUCGCUGCAGAGACGAGUGGGACAAGCUGGCGGAGUGGGCUGUCAACCACAGAGUGUACUCCGAUAACGUGCGCUGGCUUAUCCAGGUGCCCCGUCUCUUUGACGUCUACCACACAAAGAAGCAGCUGGCCAACUUCCAGGAGAUGUUGGAGAACAUUUUCAUGCCUCUGUUUGAAGUGACCAUCGAUCCGGCCAGCCACCCUGAGCUGCAUCUCUUCCUGGAGCACGUUGUUGGUUUCGACAGCGUAGACGACGAGUCCAAGCCUGAGCACCACAUUUUUAACCUGGACAGUCCACUUCCUGUCGACUGGACAGACGAGGACAACCCACCCUACUCCUACUACCUUUACUACACCUACGCCAACAUGACUGUGCUGAACCACCUGCGAAGACGACGAGGCUUUCAUACGUUCGUUCUGCGACCUCACUGUGGCGAGGCGGGCCCGAUCCACCACCUGGUGUCAGGGUUCAUGUUGUCAGAGAAUAUUUCCCACGGUCUGCUGCUCAGAAAGGCCCCUGUGCUGCAGUACCUGUACUACCUGGCUCAAGUUGGCAUCGCCAUGUCGCCGCUGAGCAACAACAGCCUGUUCCUUAGUUACCACCGCAACCCGCUGAUGGAGUAUCUGUCCAGAGGCCUCAUUGUCUCUCUGUCCACCGAUGAUCCCCUCCAGUUUCACUUCACCAAGGAGCCUCUGAUGGAAGAGUACAGCAUCGCAGCUCAAGUGUGGAAACUGAGCUCCUGUGACAUGUGUGAGCUGGCGAGAAACAGCGUCCUGAUGAGUGGAUUUUCACACAAGGUGAAGAGCUACUGGCUUGGCCCCAGUUACUACAGAGAAGGUCCUGAGAGCAACGACAUCCGGCGCACCAACGUCCCCGACAUCCGUGUGGCGUACCGCUUCGAGACGCUCACCGAGGAGCUUAACCUCAUCACCCACGCCGUGCGCACAGACAAGCUGGACGGCAUCGACGAGGAGGACACGCUCACCAUGGGCCCCGUCUCUGGAGGACGCUGAGAUGUCAGGCUCCACCCCCCUGUCCCGUCUCUCUCUGUUAGUCCCCCCCUGAGUCUGCGGCCCUCUCAGCAUGCCCCUGAAAACGUGAUGUGAGAGAAAAACCUGCUGCUCUUUACACACCACUGUAGAAGUCUGCUAUGCUGCUAUCGCUGUGUAGCUACGAAUCAGCCAUGGUUUCAGUGCUGCCGUUGUUUUUAUUAUUGAAAAUCUAAUCAUGCAUUUCAACAAGUUUCCCAAAUUUUUUAUUUUAUUUUAUUUUUUUUAGACAUUUAGCUUUGUGUCUGUUGCUCUCUGGUAAACUGUGAUCUCUGAUUAUAGAUGCAGAGUAGCCAUAACUUCAAACUGGGAUCAUUGCGUCGGGUUGGUCACACCUUGCAGAGCAGCUGACUUCGACAAAAGCUUCGUGUGCGAUCCUACUUGUUAGUUUAGAAUCCAUCGUUUGCCAAGUUGGACUUUCAUAGUCGGUCUUCUGGGAUUCAAAUAAGCUCUAAAAGUAAAACGCAAGAAAGAAACAUUCCUAAACGAAAAGAGAGUUUGCUCAUUUGUUAUGUUUUAUGGUAGCAGAGCUAUAACGAGCACAAAGAAAUGUGGAUGAAUGCUCACUGCGUGGUUGGAUUGCAUCUAUUUAGUUCUUUGCAUGCUCUAAGUUCUUCAUAAGCACCAAAAUAAAACCCUCACCGUGCCUUUCCAUUACUACCUAGAUGCAGUGCAUGUCCAGUUUUUCCUUUCCUCCGUCUUCUUUGUGAAUCGCCACACCAGGCCGGCUGUUGGAGCUGAAACCCAGCCUGAAGGUUCUCAUCUUCCUGUCUACUUCAGCUAAACAAAUACUCUCCUGCAUGCCCGCAUGACUGAUGUACGUGAGGAGAGAACGACCUGUUUACAUCCGACCGUCACGGAAAGCGACGCUAACCCCCGAUCCAAACUUCUGCAUGGUGGAAAACCAGCAAACCGUGCUAGGACACGGUGGAGGCUGCUGCACGGUUCUGUAGCGUCAUUUCCAGUAACGGUUUCUUUCUGUCACUCCACACGAUCCCAGCUCUCGUCAAACACUGAGAUUUUGGGUCAAGCGAAAAGUAAUCGGAAAAUGUCUGUAGAGUUUGCAGAGCUGUGUGUGUGUGUGUGUGUGUGUGUGUGUGUGUGUGUGUCCUUUAUAGAUGAAGAAGAAGAGAAACCAUUUGGUCCGACUACAGCAGUUUCCGACUAAUGAAGGAUGAUCUCAGAGGACUUUAUGUGAUUGUUAGAAUUCAAUUAUGUUUUUUAAAGCUGAAAUGGAAGUAAGACCAUUUUGUAAUUCUCAGUAUAUUGAGGAAAACUCUAGAUUUUGAGUCCGUUUGUUUUUAAUAUUAAAUAAUGAACCAGUAUUUUAGUGCCCACUCUGCUCGUUUAGUAUUGUGGAAGCAAAUUACCCACCAAUAUAUACAUGUUGUGUUUUACUGAUGAUGAAUGGUGUCGCCUCUUUUUAAAGUAGCCAGUAAGACACCAAAGCACGAAUAUAAUUAUGCAUAAGAUUAGCCGAGUUAAGUAUUCCUGAUAUUGUUUGGUGCAAAUAUAUAUAUUUUUUUGUUUGUUUUUUGUUGUGCAUUUCUGCCUUUUACUCAAAACGUUUCGAUGUUUAAUAGCGCCUGAGUUUUAUACUUUGUGAAGAUUUUUUGUUUGCCUUUUAAAAUUAGGAGUUCAUUUUGUUCUUGUUCAGCGUCGGCCAUAUUUAUUGACACCUUCGGUAAGGAUGUGUAAGGACUAGUUCGUAUUUUAUUGCAGGAUCUCACCCUGAAAAAUAAUAGUUUAAUUUUAAAGCAUUUAUUCAUUGGGGGGGGGAGAAAAACUCAGGUUUUACUGCAACUCCUCUUGUCAUCAUGGUCACUUUGUAACAAUUUACCAAACUGCAGUCGACAGAGAGAGGGAUGUUUGACCAUUGCUUUUAAAUGGAACGGUUUAUACCUUUUUUUUUUUUUUUAGCUCACCCCAAAAAGGUUUUCUUUAUGAUUUCAUUCCAGAAGCUGAUGAACUGUUUGAUUGACUCGUUAUCCUGCAGAAACACCCGAUGAACACCCAUUUCCACCUUUCUGGUAGCAUCCACCAGAUUAUUCUUACAGAUUUCCUGAUAUUUCAGAGAGCAAAUAGAGAAUAAAGUAUUCAAAAACAGGCCCACAGCAUCACAGAUCCUCCUCCGAACCGAACAGUGGGUGUGAGGUGAUUUUCCAUGUACUGUUUCUUUGUUGCACCAAACCCAUCUGAAGUCCCAGCUCAACAUGUUUACGUGUUUACGUUUUUGUCAUGAAAUGCUUCCUAAUGCUGCAGUUCUCCCUCAGUGAACUGUGGAGCGUUUUUUUCAUAACGGGAUCGAUGCGGGUUCUGAUCCAUCACAGAGAGAAAUCAACCUUUGUGUCAAGUCAUAGAUGGGAUUCAGGGAAAUAAAGUCAUAGGUUCAAUUCAAAUUCAUUUUCACAGAAACUUUGAAAGUAUAAAUCAAACAAAUGCCUUAUUUAGAUUUAUUUUAAAGAGAUUCUUAUAGUCGUUAUCAGGGGUGCCAGUAAAUGUGGCCGGCGCUGCGACCCGGACCGACCCGACUGUUUCCACUUUUAGUUUCCGCCCACUGAUCUCUGACCCUGCUUACUGUCUGCAUCAUGUCCAUACUACCUCACAAACACAAACCGUAUAUUUGUGCUUUCAUUGGUAGCCGAUAUUAUCCACAGGAUGAAAAACUAAAAGAAUAUUUUGGCCUUUGAUUCACUGAGAAUUGGGUCAGAACGGCUGGUGUAACUGGCUGUGGACAAAUACUGGUUUCUGCAAUUCUUGAGAUAUUAUUAUUAGUAGUAAUAAUAUAUUUGCCCCUGUAAAUGGAGAGUAAAGCUUCAUGAUAUAUAAUCUCCUCAACACUGUGACUUACGUGAAGCACAAAGAGACAAUGCGCAGUUAUUAUCCACGUUAAAACCUUCAUCGUUUGGCUUAUUUUUGCUGCUUGCCGUCACGUUUUUGUUUUGUCUAAAUUGUAUUUUUUCCUAAUGGUCUUGUUUUCUGACAACUGUGUCACUUUUUGUUUUAAAUCCUGCCUAAUUUGACUCCUGUCGAUCUGUAGCCUUAUUAUUGCUCGAGACGGUCUGCCGCAAUCUUACUGAUGAGGUACGUCUGUGAUAACUGAAUUAAAAAUAAAUAAAGCAUGUUAAUUCAC